GGUGUGCUCUGGGGCGGCCCCCUCGCGGCAGGGCGGGGCGGGACAGGCGGCUGGGAGGCCUGGCGCACAGAGCCAAGGAGGCGGCGGCGCAGCCUGCACCAUGGCGUACCCAGGGCAUCCUGGCGCCGGCGGCGGGUACUACCCAGGCGGGUAUGGAGGGGCUCCCGGAGGACCUGCGUUUCCCGGACAAACUCAGGAUCCGCUGUAUGGUUACUUUGCUGCUGUAGCUGGACAGGAUGGUCAGAUAGAUGCUGAUGAAUUGCAGAGAUGUCUGACACAGUCUGGCAUUGCUGGAGGAUACAAACCUUUUAACCUGGAGACUUGCCGGCUUAUGGUUUCAAUGCUGGAUAGAGAUAGGUCUGGCACAAUGGGUUUCAAUGAAUUUAAAGAACUCUGGGCUGUACUGAAUGGCUGGAGACAACACUUUAUCAGUUUUGACACUGACAGGAGUGGAACAGUAGAUCCACAAGAACUGCAGAAGGCCCUGACAACAAUGGGAUUUAGGUUGAGUCCCCAGGCUGUGAAUUCAAUUGCAAAACGAUACAGCACCAAUGGAAAGAUCACCUUCGAUGACUACAUCGCCUGCUGCGUCAAACUGAGGGCUCUUACAGACAGCUUUCGAAGACGGGAUACUGCUCAGCAAGGUGUUGUGAAUUUCCCAUAUGAUGAUUUCAUUCAAUGUGUCAUGAGCGUUUAAAUCAAGAGGAAGCUGCAUGAAUGUAAUCGACAUUCCAAAUGGAAUAUCCUCCUUUGCUUGUCCUCUUUGCCUUCGGUAAUAUGUGUAAACUUACAUCACGACUUUCAACAGCUGUUGUAAAGUUUAUUACUUUAUGUAAAAUUGAAGUUUUGUUUUUAAUUUUGAUAAUAAAUUCUUUGGAACUUUAAUAAGAUCUAGUCUGUUACACCAUUUAGAACUUUCCUGAGCCAUUAUCAGUCAUGCCUUAUUUUCUUGCUAAAACUGUGUAAAUUUAAGUAUGCAAAAUGUUUAAGUCGCAUUAUUUAUUUUUCAUUGUGAGACACUAAAAACUGUUAAUCAGACUACAACUGUUACCUUUCCUCUCCUAGAAAGAAUACGCCACACAUAAAAACUUAGGUAAAUGACAUAGACCCACUUGGGUGCAAAAGAACAACAAAAAAGGUAAUCCAGUAAUCCCUGUCAGGAUUCAUCUUAGUAGAAAUUUAGCACAGGCCCUUUAAAACCUAUUGAAUAAUUUGAGUGGCAAAUACUAUGUGUCACCAAGUCCCUUUUUGUCAUCUAUUUAAACUUUUGUUAACUAUACUUAAAAAUCUUGUACAUUAUAAGCUUAACUAUAUAAAAAGAAAAUUGAUAGAAAAAGACUAAGGGAAUAUAUGAAAAUAUUAACAAUGUUUAUUUUUGAUUAAUAGAAUUCUAGAUGACUUUAAUUUUCUUUAUAUAUUUCAGCAUUUUUCAGAUUUUCUAUAUGCUUUCCUUUUAAAAUCAGAUUCUAGUUUUUAAAAUACUGAUACAUCCAUUUUGAUAUACCAUGUGUUCACACUUUAAAAAAUACACAUAGCAGAGUAUUGGAAGGUAUGUACCAAAACAUUGAUCUGGCUACCACUGGGAGUCAGGAGCAUGAGUUCAUCUUCUCCCUUCUUACUGCUUUUCCAAACAUACUCCAGUAAGCAGGUACUACAUUUAUAAUGGAAGAAAUUUUUUAAAAAAUUUUAAGCUGUACACUUUCAAGUAAGAUCUGAAUGCUAAUGCUGGCUUGUGCCUCUUUCUAUGUGGUUUGGUCAUUAUAGAUAAUGCCAAGUUUCAGUUUCCCCAUCUUUGAAAAGGAGAUAAUAUGUUAUCUCUUGGGAGUAGUUCUGAAUAUGAAAAGUGUGUUGAUACAAGAAGCACUAACAAUGUUUGUUUCUUAAAUUUAAAGGUGGCCUGUUUGCCUUUUUUAUCAAGAGAGCUUAACAGAUUAAAAAAUGAAAUUAGGCUAUUUUCUACUUGCCAGCAGAGUAUCUGUCUUAUUUUAGGAUGCAGCAUGAGACUUACCAUUCAACUGAACAAUUAGUUGUCAACCAAUGAAAAUAAAACAUUUUCUCUAAGCA